CCAUCAGGAGCACAGAACCUGAGGCUGUUUUGAGCCGAGACUAUUGGCAUCACCUUCACUCAUUCAAUCAAUAUGAGACAAGCAAAAGUAUCAUUCAUGGCAUUCGUUGCUUCUUUAUUUGUCACCGUGCGGCUUCCUAAAAUUUCAUAUUUGGGUUGAGAAGGUGCUGAGUAAGCAUUAGCUUAACUGAGCUUGUCCAAUAAAAGAAAGAGUUCGUCCUUUAAGACUGUGCCAACAGAAGGCGUCGCACUUAAGCCUGACCAGUUGCCAGACGGACUCUGACCAUGGAGCAGAUUGUCGUCAGCGUUGGAGGCUCUCAUAGUUUUCUGACUAUUCUUUACAUUUUUGGACUUUUUUCUUUGUUUGACCCAACCGUAUCCGCACCAACCAAAGAUUUCAAAACCAGCGUGAUAUGCACUGGGUCCACAAUGACCGUGAUGGUGGACAAGUCUUCCUUCUCUAAAGUCAAAGAGGAUCACCUCCAGCUCAGCAACCCCACAAGCAUAGCCUGCAGCCUCCAGAAAUACUCCAACCGCACUCACGUCAUCGCUGUCAUCCCCCUCAACGAGUGUGGCACCCAGAUUGAGGAAGACAGCGAAAACCUCAUUUUCAAGAAUGAAAUCACCACGGUGGGCGAGCUUCGAGGCGUGAUCAGCAGAAAACACCUGAUGGAAGUGCGGUUCUCCUGCAAGUACCCCAAAAAAGGAAUCACCAAGCUGGGCUUCAUAGCACACAGGGAGAAUGUCACAGUGAAGAGGCAAGGCAUCGGCAGCUUAACCUACCAGUUCGAGUUCUACCCUGACAACAAGUUCCAAACCAGAAUUGAUCCGAAUUCAUACCCUGUGGAGUACGACCUGGGGACCCGGAUGUUUAUGCAGAUAAAGGUCACGUCUUCAAUGAGCGACAUCGAGCUAUUUGUGGAGUCCUGCAAAGCGGCGCCAUUCGACAACCUCAACUCCAAGCCAACCUACAGCAUCAUUGAAAAUGGGUGUAAACGGGACGAGACAGUUCUGGUCCAUUCCCCCAGCCAUGAAAAACAUUUCCAGUUCAGCAUGGAGGCCUUCAAGUUCAUCGGACUCCAUGACCACGUCUACAUCAGCUGUGCCGUGCUGACUUGUAAAAAGGGGAACUCUGAUACCAGAUGCUCACAGGGAUGCAUCGAAUCCGCGCGAUCUGUUCGCCACAAACGAGACGUUGCCUCCCAGAAUGAAAAUCUAUUCAUUUCCCAGGGUCCGUUGCGCUUAAGGAGAUCUGCAGAGAACUCCCGGAUCACAGUGACCAACCUGAACCCGAACCUGGUGUUCGUCGCUGGAUCACUUCUUUCAGCUGUUGGCAUGGUGUGUGGAGUGGCCUCGUACAGAACCAAGAUGGCACAGGUCAAACAAGGUUCCCUGCCUGUGUUUUAAACCUAAGGGUGCCAGUGUCUGGGGCUGAGAUAGCUAGACCUUCAUUUGCAUGAGCUGAAAGAGGAAGGGAGCCAAUAAACUUAAAAACUAAACAAAUGUAAUCAAAUUUUCAGCUCUGAUUUGUAGCAUUGUAGCUUUGCAGCUGUGUCGAAUGUAGGCGGGUGAGUAAACCCACGUUAUUUUCUGUCAGUCAUACUAACAGAGAACCCUUCAUGUGAUGAGGAAAUGUUCUGUUGAGCCUUUGCUAAUAAACCCAGACAUUU